CAGACUGCUCUUUGCGUUUCGGACUGAUAGGGAGGAUCCUCAAAAGGAAAUUACAGACUUCUUUUACUUUAUUUAAAAAGAAACAGUGAGUGUUUGAAGAACGUAAAGAUGAUGUUUUCUUCAUUUAGAUUUUUACUGUGUAGCCUGGAUUUCGUCAGCACAGCAGCAGCAGUAGCUAGCUUUGAUACUGGGCAUAUAAUGCCAAUUGAAAGCAACACUCUGACCAGAGAGCUCCAUGUCCCUGACCUAGAUGAGUAUGACUACACUGAGCUUGAAGACUAUGGUGAUGAUGAAGACAACUAUGGCUUCAUAGAAGACAUGUUUGUAAACAAGAAGCCAUUUGCAGCUCCCCAGAGCUCAGAGUCCAUACGUAAGAAAUUCAGGGGUAAAUCUCGGAUCCAACGCCUGUCCUUGGUCAACACCAAUUUUGCAUUUAACUUCUACAGGGCCUUGCUGAGGUCCCAACCAGCUUCCAAGAACGUGGUCUUCUCUCCUUUCGGGCUCUCCAGCAUGAUGGCAAUGGUCAUGGUAGGGACUUCCAACAGGACACAGGAACAGAUCUCCCAAGUUCUGGGCUUUGACCAUUUUGUCACCUCCAAGCCAGGGGUUACAGGAAAUGAGGUGCUGCAAGACAUCUUCCACAAGCUCAUCCACAGGCUCUUCAAGCACGACUUUGGAUACACGCUGAAAGAUUUCUCUGGCAUCUUCGUCAGGGAAGGGCUGAAGAUUCGGAAACCCUUCAGGGAGUGGUUGAAGAAUUACUACGGGGCACACACACAGUCUGUGGACUUUUCGGACCCCCAGGCUCUCACCAAGCUCAAUCAGCUGAUUGUGAAGACCACCAAGGGGAAGCUUCAAGAUGUGGUGGGAGACAUUGACCCCCAGACUGUGAUGCUCAUUUACCAAGCAUUACACUUCAAAGGCUCGUGGGAGCAUAAAUUUAUUAAAAGCAAGACCGCCAUGCUCCAGUUCCACACUGGCAAGGCGACAGUGGUGAAGGUGCCAAUGAUGUACGUCAGAGCGACCAUGCAGGCCACCACGGAUCAUACCCAUGAGUGUGACGUUAUCAGCCUGCCAUACAGCGCCAACGCCAGCAUGCUGCUUGUAGUCCCGUAUAAAACCUUCGGCCUGAGGCACAUUGAGAGAGAACUCAGCUGGGAAAUGGUUGACAACUGGCUCAAGGAGAUGACCAACAGGACAAGGGAGGUCUAUAUUCCAAAGUUCACUCUUCAUGGCAACUAUGACUUAAUUGAAAUGUUUGAAGGUCUGGGCGUGACUGAUCUCUUCCACAACAAAGCAGACCUGUCUGGUAUUUGUGAACACAGAAAUUUGUAUGUUAACUCGCUGAAGCAACAUGUUGCACUGAAGGUGGAUGAGGAAGGAAGUGAAGUUGCUGCUGUCUCUCUUUCUGGUUUCAUGCCUCUCUCUUCACAGGCCAAAUUUAUGGCCAAUCGCCCAUUCCUAUUCCUUAUCCUUGAGCAUCACACCCAAUCACUGCUGUUCAUGGGGCGAGUAAUGAACCCUUUAAACCAAUAGAUGGAAGGCAAUAGGUAUGGCCAUGGAAAGUCUGGCAGACGUAAAGGUAUAUUAUGUUAAAUGUAGAGGCCAGAGAAUUCCCAAACUAACCACUGCAUAGCUUAAUUAUUCACUUUACGUUGUCUGUUCUUACAUGGUACAACAAUUUGCUGAAGAUUAUUAGUUUCUAAGCCCUGUUGGAGGUAUUUUCUUCAGAAAAAUAAUGCGGUUGGAAAGUCAAGAUGAGGGGACAACAAAAUCUGCAUCCCAGAAUCUUGGAACAGGACAAUGCUGGUGUGUAGUCACACUCCACUGUGUCCCUAAAUGCACUGCAUUUAUACUUACGUUUGGACAUUUCCCCUUCACUUUGCAGAGUACGCUGGCUUAUUUGAUGUUUUUUGCCUCCCCCAGGAGAUCACAAAGUUUCAGCUGGGGUUAUUGGAUUGACACAAGAUAUCAAUUGCAUAGGACAAGCUGGAUGAAUCAGAGGGUGUUGUCCAUUAUUGUCCAUCUUUCUGCUCAAUCAAUCCCUACUAAGCUUUCUGGCUUUGGCUAGGAAGUAGUUAAGAAGCUACAAUUGGCCUCAGCACCGCAUAAUAAAUGUAAUAAACUGCGUAAAAAAGGUAAUAAAUGAUGGGGUUCCCUUCUUCUUAUUGCUAUCCUUGUGUAUAUAUAAAUGACAGGUGAGGAAAGGAUCAAACUUACCUGUGAUGCCUUCCAAGACUGAACAACCUGCUGACAGUUUCUGCACAGACAGAGAAUGUCCAUUCAGGUAAAGAAUGGAGUGAGAUAUUGGCUGACUCACAACCAUAAGCGUUCAAGUUAAGGCUCCUAUUUUUAUCAAAUAGUUGGGCACGUCUUUGGAGCAAGUGAGAAUGAAUUAAACUGGAAAAUAAUUUGGUUUUAGGCAGGGGAUAUUAUAUAUUGAAGAAUAUCCUUUCUAUCUUCUUCAGUUAUUUGCCCAAAAACUGGUCAAACUCACAGCACCUCAAUCACCAUCACAGGUUAGGGCAAGGAUGUAGGUCCCAAAUCCAUGCUAACCAGAUCAUCCAUCUGAUCUACACUGGUCAUCCAGAUCCCUAAAGAAUUCACACUGCCAUGGCAACAUUCACAUUCUUGUCUACAGCAAUGAAUAGUUUAUUCAGUUCACAUGGCUCUUCCUCCUUCCAAUUGGCAUGUUUGGUAGGAUUUGCAAGUCAAUCCUCAACCUGUUUGGCCACAUUAUGAAGACACCUUCCUUGGCCAUCACAUCCUGGAGUUGAGACUUGAACCCAGAGUUUCUGAAUUAGUGACGCAUACCACUGCAAUACAAGACCUCUAUUCCCUCUGUAUCAUGCUCCUUACAAAACAAUUAUAAUAAUUUCAAUUUGUGAAUUUCUUAUGCUUUAGUAGUCGACAUUGAUUUCAAAUAAUUCUCAAUAUGUUUGGCCAUCUUUUAAAUGGUUAUGGCUAUGUAGUGGUAAGGGUACUAGACUAGCAAAUCCCAAAACAUCAAGUGAUAAAAUUGAAAUAAAUUCAAUAAAUCUGCUGCUUUGUGGGUGAGCAGCAGGAAAAGAAUUGUGAAAAUUGUUGAGGAGACUCAACUUCUUCACUCAUAUCUUUCAGGUAAAGGCAUCUGCCACCCACAAGCAGCAUGAUCUCUACCAUCCCAUACUCUGUGGUUGACUUGUAAUGCCCUCCAAACUGGCAUAACUGAACAUGUUAAUCAGUGGUUUAUCUACCUUCUCAGGGUAACCAUGGAGAUGAUUUUGUUUGCCUGCAUCACCUACAUCCCUGAUUGUCAACUAGACUUUACAGAUAUUUAUUAUACUUUGUGAUGAAGACAAAUGUGUCUUUCCAGGAGAGACUAGCAUUGCCCACACAGAUUGUGCUCUGCAACAGUGAUUGUAAAACCUUUCCAGAAAACAACAGUUUGAAAUUAAAGCCCAUUGCUUUGUAUGGUCCAAAAAUAUAUACAGUUUAAGUUUAAAACAUAUAUAUUACAGCAGACGUGAAUAUAUUUCAGAUUGUUUGGUCAACAUUAAUAUUCAAGUUAGUAUUUCCGGUACUCUUGGUUUACUUUUUUUUGGACAAAAACCAUAUGGUUCAGUUAACUCUUUUGGUCACUAAACCAAUUAUGGUUGAGGCUGUAUUUGCAUUGCUUGAUGACCACUUAUUUGGAACUUACUUUCAUAUGUGUUUUGUAUAAGUUUUAAAAUAGAAAAAUACUACAAAUGAUAGCAGCAAUGAUUUAGGCGCCUGCUUCCCCUAAUUUGCUGUGUGAAAGAUUUGGUAUCAAGUCCUGACGAUUCUGCAAUAAGAAUCAAUCACUCUAUUUAAAUUAAAUCAAUUGAGUCAGUUUCAUUGUUAACUCACAUUUACUCUGAUCAAUAAAUACAUUAUUGAGAAAUUUUA